CCGGCCGACUUUUUUUUUAGCUUCGAUUUUUUUUGAGCUUAGAAAAUCAUGUGCUCUAUCUAAUCUAAGGCACAUUUUGGGCCGAGAGGCCGCCGCAAUUGUGUUUUAUCCUUGGGCCGCCAAACACGGAGCAGAGUGCGUUUUUUUCAGUGAGAGCAGAGUCCCCUUCCGGUGGUUUCGGCAGCUCGCCUCCGCCAUCUCCGCCGCCGUCGUCGUCGCCGUCGUCCCGUUCGUCGCCGCCAUCCCCAUCGCGUUUGAGCACCCCCUUGGGAUGGAGAAGAGGAAGAAGGAGGAGGAGGAGGAGGAGAAUCCGCCGGCAGCGGAGAGCCUCUGGGGCGACCUGCUCCCGGAGAUCCAGUCGGAGAUCCUGUCGCGGGUGCCAUACCGGUCGCUCUGCCGCUUCAAGUGCGUGUCCACGGCGUGGCUGGCGCUCUGCUCCGACCCGGCCGUCCGCAGGAGGUCGCCGCAGACGCUCUCCGGCUUCUUCUGCUACUCCCAAGUGGACGUCGGCGACGGCCGGCGCCAUUACGGCGUCAGCUUCCUCAACCUGUCCGGGUGGGGCCGGCCGAUGGUCGACGACCCCUCCCUCAGCUUCGUGCGCGGCUACUGCCACGUCACGCCCAUUCACUGCUGCGGCGGCAUCCUCAUCUGCUGCUGCUGGAAGUUUGACAUGAGCGACGAGGCGGAUUUUGUCGUGUGCAACCCUGCCACCAAGGAGAUCUGGGCCGUGCUGCCGGUGCCCCGGAACGAGAUGAUGACGCGCCUCAACACCGCUCGCCUGUGCUUUGACCCCGCCGCUCCCCGCCGCUUCAAGGUGUUUGUGUUCGUGCAAAGUUUCGCUGGGGUUCAGAGGGUGGAGGUCUACUCUUCAGACACCGGGCAGUGGACCUCCGUUGGGAGUGCGUGGAGCUCCCAGAACCUCAUGAUUGGCGAGGAAUCGGGAUGCGUCUACUUCAAUGGAUCUCUGCAUCUGGCUGUCUGCCAUCCUGUGGUCAAGGUGGACUGGGAGGGAGUGAUACGCUCCAUGGUCACUUUUGACGCAGAGAGGGAAACCUGGAGGAGGAUCCGUAUGCCGGACACCAGCAAUAACGGUUUCUUUGGGCUGUCGCAGGGACGCCUAUACACCGCGCGUGUAGAAAAUGAAGGUAAAUGCCGGCUCUUGGUCUGGGUUCUCGAGGAUCAUGCUAGCGGACUGUGGACCUUGAAGUGUACUGCCAGCAUUCUUGAACUGCUAGGAAGCCCUUGCCGUGCACCCAACGAAUUCUACCAGCCGGUUGCGAUCCAUCCAGAGUGCAAUCUGAUAUUCCUUCAAGAUGCGGGGCAGGAAGCAUUGCUUAUGUCCUACAAUAUGGAUACCGGUAAACUGGAUAUUGUCUGCUCUCUUGGAGACCGCUGGGCGCAAAGAUUUCACCCGUACAUUCCCUGUUUUGUGGAGAAGCCGCCCGUUCCUCAGUGAAUUUUGGAGCAGCUUCACAUUUGCCGAGUCGGCGUGGCUCCGGUGCCUUCAUGAGAAUCAGAUGUCGGGUAUGGUCCAAGUAUCGAUGGUUUUAGGUGUUGAUUGGAUAGGUGCUCUUUCUAUCCAGUUAUUUAGUGCUAGUACCUUCAGUCUGCAGCUUGUUAUGGAUCACAGUUAAAUUAUUGAUAUCUUCCUGUUCUGAUGCAUUUGAAAGUAGUACUCUGUCAUAUGUUAUUUGAAACGGAUGUCUCCUUUGGAGUGAUUUAACAGUA